AUGAAGAAAAAUUUCUUGAAAAGUAGCGUUGAAAACGCAUCGCUCAACAUACUCUUGCAAGUUGCAUUUCGAUGCUUGACAUUUGUUAUAAACGCUUUUGUUUUGCGACAUGUCUCUCAAAAUGAAUUGGGAGUUACAAAUGUCCGUUUAUUAUUACUCGAGUCAACAAUUUUGUUUCUGAGCAGAGAAGCAUUUCGUCGUGCUUGUUUGACAGAUACCUUGCAUCACCAUUGGCUCAAGGUCAUCAAUCUCAUUUGGUUCUCUGUACCAUUAUGUGCAGCUAUUUGUGGAAUUUGCGGUUAUAUUUGGCUUCACUUGCUAAGCCAACCUGAUAUUACUGUUACUACAUAUUAUGAAUUUGGUGUAUGGUCAAUACUUAUAAGUUGUAUCAUCGAACUAUGCUGCGAACAGUUAUAUAUUGUAGCUCAAGCAUUCUUAUUUGUCAAGUUGCAGGUUGUAUUAGAAAUAAUAAACGUUGCUGUUCGCACAAUCGUGUACACUACAAUGGUGUUGUAUUGGAAUGGUCAAAAUGCUGUACUAGCGUUUUCAUUCGCACAACUUGCGUCAGUCAUAGCAUACACCAUGUCAUUUUACAUAUACUUUUGGUAUUAUACAAAAAAAGACAAAAAAGAUUUUCCUUUCAAAACCAUGUGGGAAUUUUUUCCAAAUUUUACUGGAAGAAAAUUGUCGGAAUGUAUGGAUUUUACUCUACUUAAGUUAUUGUGGAGUUUCUUGAAACAAGGAUUUAUGAAACAACUAUUGACUGACGGUGAACGUUAUGUAAUGACAUUUUUUAAUACACUAAAAUUUGAUCAACAAGGUGUAUACGAUGUAGUCAACAAUUUGGGAUCAUUAGCUGCUAGGUUUUUGUUCAAACCUGUAGAAACCGCUGCAUAUUUCUAUUUUAGUCAACUUGUUCAAAGAGAAGUGCCAAUCCAAACACAAAUCAAACAGGAUCCUAACCGCAUAAAAGAAGCAGCUAGCGUUCUGGAAUGCCUGUUACGUGUUAAUAGCUCUAUUGGUUUAAUUGCACUAUCUUUUGGACAAGCAUAUGCUAAACUAGCAUUAUUUCUAUACGGAGGAACAGCAUUGGCUACUGGAAUUGGACCAGCGCUGUUACAAAUGCAUUGUUUGGCCAUUCUGUUUUUAGCCGUUAAUGGUAUCACUGAAUGUUAUGCGUCAGCUACCAUGAAUGUUUCUGAAUUAAACAAAUACAAUGUGGAAAUGGUUAUAUUGUCUGUGAUAUUUUUAUUUAUUUCUCUGAUAUUUUCUACACUUUUUGGCGGAAUUGGUUUUAUUUUCGCAAAUUGUUGUAAUUUCACUUUUAGAAUCAUUCAAUGCGGUCGUUACAUUCUAUCUCAAUAUAAAGGUACAAAUUACAAUCCACUUAAUGGAUUAAGGCCAAAAAAAUCAUUCAUUUGUUGUUUAAUGUUGUCAACGGUUAUUACAAUAUAUUCUGAGGCAAAAUAUUAUGAAGAAAAAAAACUUACACAUGUUAUAAUAGGAGGUACAUUGUUUCUACUAACAACAUUAGUUUGGUUGUAUGAAGAAAUGGCCACAUUUAGGUUUUUAACUAAAGUUUAUUGCUCAAAGCACAAUUAA